GAUGCAGUACUAGCUUCUGCAAGCCAAGUCGUCCAUACCAACAUCAUUCAGACCAUCCUGAACUUCUUCAGGCAGCGUCGUCCAGCAGCUCCUGUAGCUGAUAAGAAAGAAGAGCCAGCACAACCAGAUCCAGCAGCCGGAGAUGCUGCACCAAAUGCACCAGAAGGUGAACAAGCGACUGAGGAGGAAUGCAAAAAGGUCGAUGUCUUAACGUCAUCAUCGGCAGUUGCGGCAAACUAG